UGAAAAAUCAAUAUGGCGAACACGGACAUCGGGAAAAGAAUGAACCAAACUGAAGCUGCACUGACACAUAAGCUUGCUAUAGAGAGGGAUUAUAUUUCACAACCCCGACUUACUUACAAAACUGUAUCUGGAGUGAAUGGGCCCCUAGUAAUCUUAGAUGAUGUGAAGUUUCCAAAAUAUGCUGAGAUUGUUCAGCUGACCCUACAAGAUGGCAGCAAGAGAUCAGGACAGGUGCUUGAAGUCAGUGGGUCAAAAGCAGUUGUACAGGUGUUUGAAGGAACCUCAGGAAUAGAUGCCAGGCACACAACAUGUGAAUUUACAGGAGAUAUUCUUAGAAUGCCUGUCUCUGAAGACAUGUUAGGGCGUGUGUUUAAUGGAUCAGGCAAACCUAUAGAUAAAGGACCAAAUGUAUUAGCUGAAGAUUUCCUUGAUAUCCAAGGUCAACCCAUUAACCCCUGGUCUCGUACCUAUCCUGAGGAGAUGAUACAGACAGGAAUAUCAGCUAUAGAUGGCAUGAACAGCAUUGCUAGAGGACAGAAAAUCCCAAUCUUCUCUGCUAAUGGUCUACCACAUAAUGAAAUUGCUGCCCAGAUUUGUCGUCAAGGAAGUCUGGUGAAACUGCCUGGAAAAAGUGUACAUGAUGAUCAUUCCGAUAACUUUGCUAUUGUGUUUGCAGCUAUGGGUGUCAAUAUGGAGACUGCCAGAUUUUUCAAACAAGAUUUUGAAGAGAAUGGCUCUAUGGAAAAUGUAUGUCUCUUCCUCAACUUAGCCAAUGACCCCACUAUUGAACGUAUCAUUACACCACGUAUUGCACUGACAACAGCUGAGUUCUUAGCUUACCAGUGUGAGAAACAUAUGUUAGUCAUCUUAACAGACAUGAGCUCAUAUGCUGAGGCUCUUCGAGAGGUGUCAGCUGCUAGAGAAGAGGUACCAGGUAGGAGAGGUUUCCCAGGUUAUAUGUACACAGAUUUAGCCACAAUAUAUGAGAGAGCUGGUCGUGUGGACGGACGUAGUGGAUCCAUUACACAGAUCCCCAUCCUUACUAUGCCCAACGAUGAUAUCACCCAUCCCAUCCCAGAUUUAACUGGUUACAUCACAGAAGGCCAGAUAUAUGUAGACAGGCAGCUCCAGAACAGACAGAUCUAUCCUCCUAUUAAUGUGCUGCCUUCUUUGUCUCGUCUCAUGAAAUCUGCCAUUGGUGAGGGCAUGACUCGAGAAGAUCACGCUGAUGUUUCUAAUCAAUUGUAUGCUUGCUACGCAAUAGGAAAAGAUGUCCAAGCCAUGAAGGCAGUGGUAGGAGAGGAAGCUUUGACACCAGAAGAUUUACUAUACCUAGAGUUCUUACAAAAGUUUGAAAAGAACUUUAUUGCCCAAGGUCAUUAUGAAAACCGUACAAUCUUUGAAACCCUAGACAUUGGCUGGCAGUUGCUGCGAAUCUUCCCCAAAGAAAUGUUGAAGAGAAUCCCCGCUGAGAAGCUUGCCAAGUAUUACCCUCGUCAAGAAACUCGAUCAUAAACUUAACAAUAACACAUAUUAAUUAAGCCAUCUAUUGACCCAAGUUAUACAAAUGAAAUAGGAUUCAAGAAUAGAAUGUGUACAGUCACAAUGUUGAUGAACAAUGUUGAUUUUCAAUGAGUGUUAGAGUAGUAAAGAGUAGCAUCGAACAAAGUCCUAGAGGAUGUAAUAGCAAUGUUUGAGUUUUACAGAUAGGUUUGGAUGGUUUCAAAUGCUAUAUGGGAAUGUUUUAACAGAUUGCUAAAUAUAUCGUCCUUAAAAUAGCCCAGUUUUGAAGGCAUCAAAGCCGAUCUGUGUUGAUUAUACUGUGUAUAAACACUAUUCAUUGAUUGGGUCACACAGGUAGCACACGUUGAAUGUACUAUAUUCUUAGAGUUCACAUUUCACAAAGGCCAAUGUUUUGGUAAAGAUUUGUGAUAUAUAUUUGUUGAGUUAAACCAGAAUAUUUUAUAUCUAAAUGACUAUCUAUUAAAAUGGAAAAUCAGAAAUGAUGCAAAUAAAUGCAUUCCAGAUGAAAUCACUAUGUAGCUAUGGCUGUUCAUUUCAAUACUGUAUAUUUGUUCAUGGAGAUGAGGAUUGCAAUAUUGCAAUUGCAUUCUCAUAAACAAUAUGGUCCCAAUAUUCUCAAAUGCAUCAUGGUAACAUUGAGAUUUGUUGGAGUAAGAGUCUUGUUUAAUACUAUCCUGAGACCCUAUCCGUUGCAAGACUU